UCCUUGGCUUUGCUCUCUCUCUCUCUCUCUCUCUGGAAGAACAAAGACUUUACCAACAUUUUUGAAUUUGAUAUGUUCGCUGUCGCCACCCAAUACGACUUCUUCCUCAUUUAUUGUAAUAGCCGCCCUUCCCCUAACUCUAUAAUGCUUAACAUGCCUUUGACCUUUUACAAUUCUUUAGUCUCUUUCAAAUUGUAUCACACGCUUCUUCUUCAACCUCCAUUGAAGCAGAGCUAUAACACCAUGACCAUCCACCUCUACGUGUAAAAUGCCGAGGUCUGCAAGCGAGUAAGCUCAACCAAAGCUCAUCUGACUCUCACUCUCAAGUUUUGCAUGUACAAUAUCUGUAUAUCUAGCUGACUAGUGAGUUGGGUUCCUGUUCUUGCACAUAUCUAUUGUACUGAUUUCUGGGUUUGUUUUGUUUUCUCGAUUUGGUUGCUGUUGUUGUAAUAUAUUGUGAUUCUGAUUGGAUUUGGCAUCUGGGUAUUUCUUGAAUUUCAUGAUUGUUGACUGAAUAAUGCUGUUCAAGAGGCCUCUGAUCUGAUCUUCUUCAGAUCAUGACAUCAAAGCGGCCUCUUUUGAUCCCAUCUCCAAGAACCCCAAAUACGCAAGAGCUCCCUACUUUACCUGUCUUUUCUGAUUUUGUAAAUCCCAGUUCAGGUCACUCUGGAUCGUUUUCCGGGAUGGAUUCUAAAAACCCAGCUGAGAAUUCCCUCAACAUUGAACCCGCCUUCAAUUCUUCCUCACAGAGAAGCAUUUCUUCGAUUCAUUCCAGGGCUUCUGGCACGAAUUCUGUCCGGGAAGUGAGUUUUGGUGAUGUCGGAUCAAAGCCUGUACGGUAUGGAUCGAGAGGAGCUGAUUCGGAAGCGUUCAGCAUGUCCCAAAAGGAGAUGAAUGAAGAGGAUGUAAGGAACAUUUAUAUAGAUGAUCUUGGUAAGACUCACGAGAGGUUUGAGUUUUCUGGGAAUUCAAUAAGGACGGCAAAGUACUCAAUUAUCACUUUUUUGCCUAGAAAUUUGUUUGAACAAUUUCAUAGGGUAGCAUACGUAUAUUUUCUUGUGAUUGCUGUGCUCAAUCAGCUCCCCCAGCUGGCGGUUUUUGGCCGGGGAGUUUCCAUUUUGCCACUGUCAUUUGUCUUGCUCGUUACUGCAGUUAAGGAUGCCUAUGAGGACUAUAGGCGGCAUAGGUCUGACCGAAUUGAGAACAAUCGGUUGGCAUCAGUUUUGGUUAAUAAUCAGUUUCAAUUAAAAAAGUGGAAGGAUAUCCGAGUUGGUGAAAUCAUCAAAAUUGAAGCAGGUGAAGCUAUUCCUUGUGAUAUGGUACUGCUCUCGACGAGUGACCCAACUGGGGUUGCUUAUGUGCAGACUAUCAAUUUAGAUGGGGAAUCAAAUUUGAAGACCCGGUAUGCAAAACAAGAAACUCUCUCCAGGUUGCCUGAAAAGGAGAAGAUUACCGGGUUGAUUAAGUGUGAAAACCCCAAUAGAAAUAUAUAUGGUUUUCACGGAUUCAUGGAAAUUGAUGGCAAGAGACUGUCAUUAGGACCCUCCAACAUUGUACUUCGAGGCUGUGAGCUCAAGAAUACUCGUUGGGUCCUCGGGGUUGCUGUUUAUGCUGGUCGUGAGACCAAAGUUAUGCUGAAUAGCUCCGGAGCCCCAUCCAAGAGGAGUCGUCUCGAGACCCGUAUGAACUCGGAGAUCAUCAUACUGUCGGGGUUUCUUGUUGCUUUGUGUACAGUUGUGUCUCUGUGUGCUGCUGUUUGGUUGAGACGCCACAAUGAUAAGUUGGAUGACAUACUCUUCUACAGGAAGAAGGACUACUCUGAGGGGAAAGUGGACAAUUAUAAGUACUAUGGAUGGGGUUUAGAGAUUCUUUUCACAUUCCUAAUGUCCGUCAUUGUAUUCCAGAUCAUGAUCCCCAUCUCUUUGUACAUUUCUAUGGAGCUUGUCCGGGUGGGUCAAGCAUACUUCAUGAUCCGUGAUACUCAAAUGUAUGAUGAGGCCUCUAAUGCAAGAUUUCAGUGCAGAGCUUUGAAUAUCAAUGAAGAUUUAGGACAAAUUAAGUAUGUAUUCUCAGACAAAACUGGUACGCUUACCGAGAAUAAAAUGGAAUUUCAAUGCGCAAGCAUUUGGGGAGUAGAUUAUAAUGAUGCGACAAGCAAUUCGGGAAAGGACCAAGUGGGGUACUCUGUUCAAGUGGAUGGGAAGAUUUUGAGGCCAAAGAUGAAGGUGAAGGCUGACCCACUGCUUCUACAAUUACUAAGAAGUGGAGUGGACACAAAUGAAGGCAAACAUGUGCAUGAGUUCUUCCUUGCAUUGGCAGCUUGUAAUACUAUUGUGCCUCUUGUUAUAGAUACGUCGGAUCCAAAUGAGAAAUUAGUAGAUUACCAAGGGGAGUCUCCAGAUGAACAAGCGUUGGUUUAUGCUGCUGCUGCCUACGGUUUUAUGCUUAUUGAACGAACCUCUGGUCAUAUAGUUAUUGAUAUCCAAGGAGAAAGGCAAAGGUUCAGUGUUUUGGGUUUGCAUGAAUUUGAUAGUGACCGGAAGAGAAUGUCGGUUAUAUUAGGUUGCCCUGAUAAGACCUUCAAAGUCUUUGUAAAAGGUGCUGACACUACCAUGUUCAGUGUCAUAGACAGAAGAUUAAACUUGGACAUAAUACGAGCAACAGAAGCCCAUAUUCAUGCGUACUCCUCUCUGGGUUUGAGAACGCUUGUUGUUGGGAUGAGAGAACUGAGUGCUUCAGAAUUCGAGCAGUGGCAUUCGUCUUUUGAGGCAGCAAGUACUGCGUUAAUUGGCCGGGCUGCUCUACUUCGCAAGGUUGCUGGCAACAUAGAGAACAAUCUCAUCAUACUAGGUGCCUCUGGUAUUGAGGAUAAACUACAACUGGGGGUGCCUGAAGCCAUAGAGUCUAUAAGAACAGCAGGGAUUCAGGUCUGGGUUUUGACAGGGGAUAAGCAAGAAACAGCCAUAUCCAUUGGCUACUCAUCAAAGCUUCUAACAAGAAAGAUGACUCAGAUUAUAAUUAACAGCAGCUCUAAGGAUUCAUGUCGAAGGAGUUUAGAGGAUGCUGUACUCAUGUCUAAGAAGCUUACGAUGUUUUCUGGGGAUACACACACCGCCAGAGGAAGUUCUGGAGAUGGUGUGACUCCAGUAGCUUUAAUUAUUGAUGGUACCAGCCUUGUUUAUAUUCUUGAUAGUGAACUUGAGAUAAAGCUCUUUGACUUAGCCAGUAACUGUUCUGUGGUGCUUUGUUGCCGAGUGGCUCCAUUGCAAAAAGCUGGAAUUAUUGCCCUUGUGAAGAACAGGACUGCUGAUAUGACACUUGCAAUUGGGGAUGGUGCUAAUGAUGUUUCCAUGAUCCAAAUGGCUGAUGUGGGAGUUGGCAUCAGUGGCCAAGAAGGUCGACAAGCUGUAAUGGCUUCAGAUUUUGCAAUGGGGCAGUUCAGAUUCUUAGUUCCCCUUUUAUUGGUACAUGGACAUUGGAAUUACCAGCGAAUGGGUUAUAUGAUAUUAUACAAUUUUUACAGGAAUGCAGUGUUUGUGCUUAUUUUAUUUUGGUAUGUGCUCUUUACUUCUUUUUCUUUGACAACUGCGAUCACUGAAUGGAGCAGCAUGUUGUAUUCUAUAAUCUACACUGCAGUACCCACAAUUGUUGUUGGGAUUCUUGACAAGGACCUAAGUAGAAGGACCCUUCUGACAUAUCCUCAGCUAUAUGGAGCUGGUCAGAGACAAGAAUGCUACAACUCAAAACUAUUUUGGCUAACAAUGGUUGACACAUUUUGGCAAAGUCUGGCCGUCUUCUUUAUCCCUCUCUUUGCAUAUUGGGGCAGCACCAUUGAUACAUCAAGUAUUGGAGAUCUUUGGACACUUUCAGUGGUAAUUUUGGUUAAUUUGCACUUGGCUAUGGAUGUCAUCCGGUGGACGUGGAUUACACAUGCAGCCAUUUGGGGAUCUAUAAUUGCGACUUGGAUUUGUGUCAUUGUCAUUGAUGCUUUACCUUCACUCGUUGGCUACUGGGCCGUUUUUGAAGUUGCAAAGACUGCAUCAUUUUGGUUAUGUUUGCUUGCAAUCACCAUAGCAGCAAUCGCUCCUCGCUUUGUUGUAAAGUUUCUGUAUCAGUACUAUAGACCUUGUGAUGUCCAGAUUGCAAGAGAAGCCGAGAGGUUUGGCAAUCAGAGUGCGUUAAGCCCUGUACAAAUAGAAAUGAAUGCUAUCUUGGACCCCCCAAGGAGAUGAGAAGGUAUUCGUUUUUUCAUCUCUUUUCUUUUUCUUCUGUAAUAUAUGUUAUUCUUUAGGCUGCUUCAGAGUCUCUCUCUCUUGGUUGCCUCAUUUUUCAUUGUUUGCUAUCCAAAGGAUAGGGUUGUAACUUUGUAGUUCUAGGUUUAUAUCUUGUGUUAUGAUUUUGUUUUGUUGUAUCGCAUACGAUUCAUUCAGUGUAAUUAGCCUUAUGUAAACGGAGAAUACUUAAGACACUUGGUACAUGAUUUUUACCACAAAAGAGUUAUAACAA